AUGGAACAGUCGCAGAAUGGAUCUAACCUGACUGGGAACUUUACAAACCAGUUUGUUCAACCUGCGUGGCGAGUUGCUCUGUGGUCGGUCGCGUAUAGCGCCAUUCUGGCUGUUGCAGUAUUUGGAAAUUUGAUCGUGAUAUGGAUCAUCCUGGCACACAAGCGAAUGCGAACAGUAACAAAUUAUUUCCUCCUUAAUUUGGCAUUCUCUGACGCCUCAAUGGCCGCCUUUAAUACUCUGAUUAAUUUUAUCUAUGCGACUAAUGCUGACUGGUAUUUCGGAGAAUCCUACUGCAAAUUUCACAACUUUUUCCCUGUCACCUCUGUGUUUGCCAGCAUCUAUUCCAUGACUGCCAUAGCCGUUGACAGGUACAUGGCCAUAAUUCAUCCUCUGAAGCCCAGAUUAUCAGCCACAGCCACUAAAGUGGUGAUAGUGUGUGUGUGGGUGAUGGCUGUGGUGUUGGCUUUCCCGCUUUGCUACUACUCCACCACCAAAGAACUUCGCACCCGGACCAUUUGCUAUGUGGCCUGGCCCCGCUCUGAAAAGGACCCGAUCAGGUACCAUAUCAUAGUGGCUGUGUUGGUGUAUUUACUGCCCCUAGUGGUGAUGGGCAUCACCUACACCAUAGUCGGAGUGACGCUGUGGGGAGGCGAGAUCCCAGGAGACUCAUCAGACAAUUACCACGGCCAACUCCGCGCCAAGCGGAAAGUCGUGAAGAUGAUGAUCAUCGUCGUGGUAACCUUUGCUAUCUGCUGGCUGCCGUACCAUGUGUACUUCUUGGUCACAGGAUUCAAUAUGCAGUUGAACCGUUGGAUUUACAUCCAACAGGUCUAUCUGUCAGUCAUGUGGCUCGCGAUGAGUUCCACCAUGUAUAAUCCAAUCAUCUACUGCUGCCUCAACAGUAGGUUUCGGGCUGGGUUCAAACGGGCCUUCAGCUGGUGCCCGUUCGUUCAGCUGUCCAGCUACGAGGAGCUGGAGCUGCGGGCCACGCGCCUUCACGGCGCCCGUCAGAGCAGCAUGUGCACCCUGUCUCGCAUGGAGACCAGCGUCUUGGCUAUGGAUCCGUCCGACUCCGGGCGCCCAGGCCAGGCCCGCAAGGCCCUCCUCACCCGUCAGGUCCAACACAACGGAUGCUCUGGAGCGAACGGUACCAAAAGCAGGGCCGUCACCUACACCGCCCCCUGCGCCACACAGGAGGAGUUUAGCUAA